AUGGAUCCUGCUGACAACGGCGGUAUGAUGAGCUCAGGACUGGGAGAAGCCCAGCAGCGAGCCACACGGCUGCAGUUCCACGAAAUGUGGCGCAAAGGGGUGAACUACCAGGCCUCUGAGCCGGUCAACAGCUCGGGGCUCUUUGCCGACAUCCGCAAUCGACUGGACGCGGACUACCAUGGUUACUACACCGAGCGGAGGCAGCGAUUGCAGGAUGAGUUGUUGCAAGAUGUUCUGGCCAGUGGGCUGCCCGACGAGCGUCCGUGGAUCGUGCGACGUGGCAGUGAAAUCGGCCCUACAAGGUAUGUUGUCUGCUCAGGAAGGGUUGAAGAGGUACCGCAGAUAUCUGCAGAGACACAGCUGUGGCUUUCCGUCGAACUUAUCGUGCCAGUGCAGCUUUCCCGAAGUCGGCAAGCCCGGAGACCAGCCGCCCAGGUAUACUGCUGGAGCCAUGGGGGCGGGGAAAUCCCACGUCGUGCGCUGGCUGUGCCCGCCUUGGAAUUCGAUGUCAUAUCUGAGCAGGCGGCCGCAGACAGCAUCUUGUUCGGCCAAGGUCUCGCAACGACUACUUUGCACUCCCCAUCUUUGCUCCUCGCUUGCAAAUCAGUUCUCCGAGGGCUCUCAAGGUGA